AUGGCGACCGUACAUUCUGGACGCCAGGGCAAGCCUGCCAAUCUCUUAAAGAAAGGCACAGUGACGACAAAAACCCACCGAUUUGAAUCUUUCUCCCAGCGCGUCGUUAAAUUAAAAAUUGAUCCUAUCCAUCGUGUGCGGCGAACCAGCGUUGGUGAUGACAGCGACUCGGACUCGGACACGUACUUCAGGGCUUCCCUAGAGCACUGGAUGGAACUUAACCUGUCGGAAAAUUUUACUCAGUUCUCCCAACGAGUUAAUCGACUGUGCGAAAGCUUACCGCAGAUUCUUCAUCAUGAGGAUCGAAUAAUGGGAUUGUUGGCCGAGUAUAUCGCAAAAGGAGAUGAGAUGAGCAUGGAACCCCUGCUGAGUCUUGUAGCUCAGUUUGCGCGGGACUUGGGCCAGCGAUUCGAAAGACACUUUGCGUCGGCCGUCACGUUGGUGGCUUCCGUCGCCGCUACACACUCAAAUAUCGAGGUGAUAGAAUGGAGUUUUACAUGUCUGGCAUGGAUUUUCAAGUUCCUAUCCCGUCUCCUUGUCCCGGACCUACGCCAACUGCUGGGAAUAAUGUCUCCGUACCUUGGGAAGGAAAAACAAAAACACUUCGUGACAAGAUUUGCUGCGGAGUCUAUGUCAUUCUUGGUCCGGAAGGCCGCUCUUGUCUACUACAAAAACAAGGCACCGCUUGACAGAGCCGUUACCUUCCUUUUCGAGGAUCUCGCUAGCACUGAUGGAGCGCGCCAAAUUUCAAUGUAUCAACAGGGCCUUAUGUCAAUGUUUGCAGAUGCGAUUAAGGGGGUUAAUGGUGGUAUUCAUUCAAGUGGAGCAGAUAUCUUGCGUUGCCUAAUCAGUGCCGCUGUUGUGCAAGAUGAAACCCAGAGUGCCCUCGCAGGGCAGGUUCUUAGCGGGGUUGUCACUAAUCUGGUUCAUCAUACUUCUGUAAACACCUUUGGUUCAGUGCUUGAUGUGAUCUGUGAUCAUGUUGAAUCCAUUAAACACAAUGGCAACAUUGCAGCGAUGAAGAUUGACAUCCGCUUGGUUUUUGUUAGCGUAACCGCGCGCAAGGGUUCUAGGGUUAAAAACUGGAGAAGAGCACAUGAAGCUCUCAUGAUCCUUCUCACUCGCGUCGUUAAGUCAUCUAAUACCCCGGGGUAUUCCGUUCAACUGCUCCUAGCUGCUGUGGUCGUUGCAGUGCAGACGUCCCCUAUGGAUGAAUUGCUGUCGUUUAUGCGCCCUAUUAUGGAAUUAAUCAGCGAUGAUCAACUGAGGGACUACUUCCUCCCAUUUUGCUCUUUUUUCUCUAAUUUCGGGGCUGAACGCUUCCAGAGUGUUGUGCUCCCAUACUUUCAGCGGUUCAUUACUUCGCUCUGGGGCGAUUACGAAUCCGGACUUUGCCAUAUAUUACCACAACUUCAAACUGCCCGUUGUGUCACUUCGGAGCCCAACAGACCCGGGUAUUUGACUUGUCCUAGUGGCUGGAAGGAUGCAAUCGUCGAAAGGCUGCGCAAACCCAAUCCAAGUGCCCAGGAUAUCUCAUUCCUAAAUUCUUAUACUAAGCUUCACAACGCUAUAUCCCUCUCUUCUGAGCCUUCGAUUCUUCCACAAUUAGUCCGCUGCCUCCACGGUAAACUAACGGCUGCUUUGGCACAAGCUCCCAACCUUGGAGAAAGCCAAAUUAUAUUUGCUCGAGGCCAAGGUUUUUUGGCUUACGUCCACCUCGCUUCUGUAUUGGGCUUACUUGAUUUACAGCUUUGGAGAUUGAUAGUUUCCAACGGACCUGACUGCGCAAAUUGCCCGGUUUUCCUUGAAGCUACCUUAGCUUAUUUGUCCGUUUGUCACAAAUGCGAUCAGGCAACCGAUGUCAACCUUGAGCCGUUUGCUACAAUUCUGAUCCACAAUCUUUCUAGUCCAUCACACGAAAUUAGACUGUUUUCCCUUAAAAUUCUACAAAUUUUGUUGUCUCAGGAGAACGAUGGCAACAAUACUUACAUAGAAAUAGCAAUCGAAAUUGAACAAAGCGAGCUAACCCUCCAUGCAGCGAGGGCUCUAUCAAUGCAAGUACGCAAACUUGCCAUCGCAUACCCAACAUUGUCUUCCCAGAAGUGGAUGGAUCGGAUUAUUCCGAAUUUCUGUUUUGGCUUGCUAUCGAAAAGGCUAGCAUCUCUGUGGGAUGACGCAUGUGAAGCAAUUAAGGCAAUUUGCGAGGUGCGAAAUGGAGAGACCGUUGUUGCGGAGCUUGCUAUGCGCUGGCUGCAAGAGCCUGGCUCGCUUAGAACCGAUGCCAGUACGCCUGGGGAAGAGCCGCAGGAAUCGCAUAUCUCGUCGGACUUCGAAUGCUUUAACGUUUCAAAUAUCGAGAAAACCUCCUUACUAAAUUUCAUUGAUUCCCACAACUACGAUUCUUUGCUUGCAGAAGCUUUCAAGUCUACACAUUCGACGGAAGUAAAACUCUCUACUUCUCCUCGAACACAAGCUCUCAAGGUCCUUGGAUCUGUGCCUCAGGUGGCAGAGAAACGAUCUCGACUAUUUGUUCCUCUAUUUCUAACAUGGGCAGCUUAUGAUGAUGACAUCACUACCGUUAACGAGUCCAAUGCUUCAGGUGCAGGUGGAGGAGAAUAUGGCUCCCCUUCUUCCUGGAAUUUGCGCGACCGGAAAGCUAUGCUCGACAUCUUUGGAAAAUUCGUGAACCCCAAGGUUUUAUACAAGGCAGCAGAGGUCCAUGAAGCGUUACUUGGCCUUCUUGGUAACGGUGAUACGGAAGUUCAGAAAUCUGCACUGAAGGCUAUAUUCACAUGGAAGUCGCCAGCAAUUCAACCAUAUGAGACGAACAUAUUGAAUCUUGUGGAUGAUGCAAGGUUCCGAGAUGAAUUAUCUGUUUUCUUAAAUGUUAGCCAAGAGGCUAAUACGAUUAAGGAAGAUCACCGUGCAGAUUUAUUGCCGGUUUUGCUAAGACUUCUGUAUGGCAAAAUUGUUGCUCGCGGGGGCUCUCGUGGUGGACAAGGGACCCAGGAGGCACGCAGAAAAACCAUUUUAAGAACGAUAUCCCAGCUUUCUGAAAAUGAUUUUGACAACUUUAUUCAAAUAUCGUUUGGUCCUUUGAACGAUGUUAGUGUCCUCGAAACCGACGCCAAGCAUGUCCAACCUCUAGAACAAGAGAUAAUUGGCGUCAGAAAGCAGUAUGGUCUUCUGAAAAUGGUGGAAACGAUGUUCGAAACUUUGAAGACGAAGAUGUCACCCUUUGUUGAACGUUCCAUGAAUGCGAUUCUAUACUGUCUUGUCCGAGCAGGUAGGAAGUUGAAGGAGGACAGUUCAGAAAACCACCACUCAUCUCUCAUUCGCAGCAUCCGGCAGACAGGUGUUCAUUGCCUUGAUUUGGUAUUUUCUAUUUCACCCUAUUAUGAUUGGACUCCAUACAUGCCCCUGAUUUUCAACGAGAUUAUCAGCCCAAGGUUAAGCAAUUUCUCCGUGGAAACGGCGCAAAGCGUAUCCGGCCUUCUUCACCUAUUCCAUACUUGGGCAUCCAGCCCUAAAUCAGCACUCUACUUCCUUUACGGAAACCAACAGAUCAUUCAACGAAUAGUUGAUUGUCUGGCUGUGGAAUCUGCCCGUGAGGAAGUCAAGAUAUUCGUUCUAAAUGAGAUCCUGAACAGCCUCAUUAGUCGCGCGGAUGGAGAGAUAAACGAUCCGGAGAAUUUACCAGAUGCGGCAACAACAGAUCUAAUUCGGUGCAAAGUACUGGCACCUCAUGUCGAAUACAUAUUGACUCAUGUCGAAUUUCUCCUUAGAAGUCAAUCUACCCGUCAACUUACGAUGGCUGCAAUUGAGACGCUGUCUAAGCUCGCACCGUUUGUCCAAUCAUCACAAGAGACCACGAAGUUAAUUAGUACAGUAACGUUUCUUCUUAAUGAACCUGCAGAUCGAGUACCUCCCAAAGCCAAAAGCGGACUUCUACGUGUCAUGCAAUAUUUCCUACCCUUAUAUGAUCCACGCGAUAAUGCGGACCUCAGCCGGCGAAUCUUUGAAGUCAUCUCCUCUCUAUUCGAUUACUUCAAGGAUAAUCCGAACCGUGGAGUGCUCUCUUCCGUAUUUUCUGCAUUUGCAAACCAUGAAGUCGACCUUAAAGCUGUUGCCGAAUUAUGUGCAGACCUAAAUGCUAUUUCAGACAAAAGACUUGACGAAUUAGAUUUCGAUCGACGACUUGGGGCGUUUAACAAAAUAAAUGAACAGAAAUAUAAGGAGUUUACGUCUAGACAAUGGAAUCCAUUGCUAUUCAAUCUUCUCUAUCAUGUGAAAAACGAAGAGGAGCUUGCAAUUCGAUCUAGUUCAUCAUUUGGAUUGAAGAGGUUUAUCGAGAGCGUUGUUUCAAAGCUAGAGGAUGAUAAUGGAGAGUACGCUUUCUUACUCGAGAAAAUUUUGCUGCCUGCGUUGCGGAAUGGAGCCAAACACCCUGUCGAGAUGGUUCGGGCGGAGUUCGUGUCUAUCAUGGGCUAUUUCAUAAAGCAUAACCCGAACCACCCGGCUGUUCGUGGCAUGGUGGACUUACUAGCUGGUGGUGAUGAAGAGGCAUCGUUCUUCAAUAAUAUUCUCCAUAUUCAACAACAUCGUCGUCUUCGAGCUUUGCGGCGUCUCGCUGCUGAAGCUAAACGAGGAAAAUUUGAGUCUUCAAAUAUUAGCUCCUUUUUCCUACCUCUCAUUGAACAUUUUGUGUUUGAUCAAGAGGAAAAUGAUAGUGCCCAUAACCUGGCGGCGGAGGCAGUUACAACUAUCGGGGUUCUGUCUGAAUGGUUAGAGUGGAACCAAUUCAGAGCAAUAUUCCGUAGGUAUAGGGGAUACGUGCGAAGUCGCCUCGGAAUGGAAAAGAACGUCAUACGUCUUCUAGGACAGCUGACCGAUGGUUUGUCUCGAGCGAUGAAUAUUAUUGGCAAAAAAGAACAACCUGUUACGGAGGAUGAAAAAGUGGAAAGCAUUGAGGGAAAACCUGCAAUUAAGACCAAUCUCUCCAAGACUUUGCCUGCGGAAACUCGCAUUUACACGGAACUGAAAAGCAACUUCAUCCCUUUCUUAUCCGAAUUUGUGCAUCAGAAGGAUGAAUCUGAAGUUCAUCUUCGCAUUCCAGUCGCAGUUAUAACUGUCAAGUUACUGAGGCUUCUUCCUGAGGAAGACAUGGCUCUUCUCCUCCCCUCCCUACUUCUAGACCUAGCUAAUGUUCUUAAAAGUCGGUCUCAGGAUGCUAGAGAUUUGACCAGAAGAACACUCGCUGAUGUCGCACUUAUUCUUGGGCCAUCUUAUUUUGGAUAUAUACUAAAAGAAUUGCGGAGCACGUUGACAAAGGGAUACCAACUUCACGUGUUAUCCUUUACAGUACAUUCUAUUCUCGUGGCGACCAGUGAUCAUUUUGAGCCGGGCGACUUGGAUCAGAAUCUUGACGCCCUCGCAGCGGUAGUGAUGGAUGAUAUUUUCGGCACCGUUGGCCAGGAAAAGGACGCUGAAGAGUAUGUGAGCAAAAUGAAGGAGGUAAAAAGUAGCAAAAGCUAUGAUUCCAUGGAGCUUCUCGCGAAAAUCUCCACAAUUCGCCAUCUCUCGGCUCUUAUCAACCCAGUGCAAGCGCUUUUGCGAGAGAAACUCACGGCCGCUAUCAUCAGAAAAGUCGAUGAACUGCUUAGACGAAUUGGCAUCGGCCUGCUGCGGAACCCUGGUGCUGAAAGCCGCGAUCUUCUAGUUUUCUGUUACGAGGUGAUAAAGGAGUCAUACAAAACUGAAGCGCUGCAGAUUGAAACCCAUGAGCAAGGAAACAGAGCCCGUUUCAUCGUCAAUUUGCUCAAUCCGAGGAACCGCAUGAAUCGAGGAAGCACAUCCUCAUAUAUUUACAAGCUUUCUCGCUUUGCGCUUGAUGUUCUCCGCGCCGUACUAAAUAAGCACCAAUCGCUCAUGACUGCCGCCAACGUUGCCGGAUUUCUUCCCGUUAUUGGAGACGCCAUGUUACAGAGCUAUGAAGAGGUCAAACUGUCUGCCAUUAGGCUCCUAUCCACGAUCAUUAAAAUCCCACUCCCCGAACUCGAUAGAAACUCUGAGGUAUAUCUAAUGGAAGCCAUUAAAAUGAUCAAGGAAGCCCCGAACACAAAUACAGAAGCUGCGCAAGCCGCCUUGAAACUUAUCGCUUCCAUUCUACGCGAACUCAAGAGCACAAAGCUGAAGGACUCUCACCUUGGUUAUUUGUUGAAGCGAAUAACUGCCGAUAUCGAGGAACCUGAUCGCCAAGGGGUUGCUUUCAAUUUCAUUCGGGCAGUGAUGUCUCGUAAAUUUAUCGUUCCUGAGAUAUAUGAGCUUGUUGACAAUGUUGCGGCGAUGAUGGUAACAAAUCAUACAAGGAGCGCUCGCGACCUCGCAAGAGGCGUCUUCGUACACUUUAUGAUUGAAUACCCUCAAGCCAAGAGCAGAUGGACAAAACAACUUGGGUUCCUCGCCAAAAACCUUGACUAUCAGCAUAAAGAAGGCCGUCAGUGUGUUAUGGAAGCGAUUCAUCUUCUUCUCUCAAAGACCAAUGGCGACCCUGCUCAGGAUAUUGUUAGCACUUUUUUUAUACCAGUGGUAAUGGUUAUGUCUAACGAUGACGCAGUUGAAUGUCGGGAGAUGGCUGGAGUUCUUCUUCAUGAUAUCUUCAGCCGUGCUGAUUCAGAACAGCUACAGUCUAUGCUCUCUCCUCUCCGGUCCUGGUUGGAACAAUCCCAAAACCCAUUGCUCACAACCACUGGGUUACAAGCAAUCAGGAUAUUCUUGGAAUCAGAUCGGAAGAAUAAGGAUGAUGAAGUGCGGUUUGUUGCCCACCGAUUGCCUCGAAUCAUUGGCCCUGCAGUGAAGAAUCGCGAAGGGGAAGGAUGGGAAGUGCUAUAUCAUUCGCUACAGCUCUUCACAAAAGUAUGCCAACUCUUUCCAGGCAUCGCAUUGUCGGGGGAUUGCGAGAAUAUUUGGCGCUAUGUUUGCGAAAGCCUUUUCUAUCCACAUGUCUGGAUAAAGUCAUGCGCAGCAAAUUUAAUUGGAAUAUGGCUUGCAGACGAAGCGAAAGGAAAUGCCUCCAUCGGUUAUGGUUCCGUUCCGCUCAUCAGCGCAUCUGGUCUUAAACUCGAAGGCAGCACGAUGCUGGACAUUAUGCGAGCCAGUCUGCUAUGUCUAAGGUCAACAACCGUUUCUGAAGAUCUCGCAACCCAAACGAUCAGAAACCUGGUGUUCCUUGGACGCUGCUUCAGCCAGAAUAACCUCGAGCUUUCAAAGAAGGUAGAAGAUUUGCCUGACGAUGUUAGCAACGAUAGCGACGAAAGCGACAACAUUGACCCAGCUGCGGCGAAACCCAUGAAACAAAACAAGCCAGCAAUCGAAUUUAUCUUCGAACGAGCAGCUGCCAUCCUUCGGCAAGAACCAAGAACCACCCGUGCAGAUUCUUUGAUCAGUAAAAAGGCUUCCAUGAAACUUCUCGCAGCCCUUUGCACUCAUCUUGACGUCGCUCAAAUAACCCCAUCUCUCCAGACAAUUCUUCUUCCGUUACUACAUCUAACUGAUCCAUCCAUCCCUGCGCCUCGCUCCCUCGACGAGCAGUUCCAGGAUACUUACAAGUCCCUUGUUAGUAGCAGCCAGGAGAUCCUCGAUUUGUUGCAAAAGAGGUUAGGCACGACUGAUUUCGUAACACAAUUGACGGUUGCUCGUGAGAGUGUUAGGUCCAGACGGGAGGCCAGAAGAGUCAAGAGGCGCGUCGAAGCUGUUACUGAUCCUGAGAAGUUUGGCAGAGAAAAGAAGCGGAAGAAUGACUGCAAGCGGGAGAAGAGGAAGGAAAAGGGCAUAGAAUAUCAAGAGCGGAGACGUGGUUGGUAGACGGUUUUUCUCACCAUUUUCUUCUAUUUACAUUUAUUGAGGUUAUUGCAUUGCCCAAUGGUGAUAUUUCGGAAAUAAAUGGCGUUCGGGGGGGAAAUAAUUCAAAUUUCUAGUCUGAAUUUCAUCAACUGGCAAGAUGACACAGCAUUUUAUGUCUCUAUCAUUCAUGUGUAAUAUAGUAUACAGUGAUUAAAGCCGCGAAGAAAAUUCCAAUGCCGGUAUC